GAAAACAAGUACCGAUAUCUGAUCUUUCCUCCGCACAUCAUUUUUCUGGGAAAGUGAAUUUCCAAAUUGUGGAUUUUUCUUGUAGCUUGUUGCUCUGUAAGUAAGAAAAUAUCAAUAACUUUGGAAUAAUAUACAAACCCCAGCUGUUCAUUUGGAUUGGUAUUAUCAUAAUUUCAUACUGUUGGCAGAAACAACUUGAACGAUUUGGUUGGUUGAUUUCUUUUUUUGACGGGUUUUCGUUAAUUGAUUUAUCUUUUGUUUUUUUCCUUUCAUCUUCAUCUUUUGUCCUCUCCUCUCUUUUUGACUGUGUCUUUGAGCUAGCUGCAAUUUUUCUUUUCCAAUACCCUAAUUAUGCCUGUUACAAUUAAUAUUCGUUACAAAUAUCUGCUGCUCGUUACAUUGGCAACCGUUUCUAUAGGUUUGUUCAUUUAUGGACUUACACGAACCGAUAUGCAAACGAUCAAAAACCCUGCGAGUUUAAGUUCACCCAAAAUCCACGAAUCUACCAGCAACAGAAAGUCGCUUUUCGUAAAGGCACCUGCUAAAAACAGUGCACAAUGCGAGUCUACCAUUUCAUUUCAAAAAAAUGUUUUGUUUACCUUUUAUAAGCAUUACUUUGAGGGGGUUAAAAAGGUUGCGCUUAUCGGCUUUCCCGACCAUCCUAACAAGGGCGACAGUGCCAUUUAUGUUGCCGAACGUAAACUCUUAGAGGCCCUUGACAUUGAAAUCGUCUAUAUAUGCUCUAGCGAAUCUGAUUAUAGCGCUUCUGAACUCAAACCCAUCGUCCAAGAAACCUCUCCUGAGGAGUUUGCUUUUACUUUUCAUGGUGGAGGUAAUUUUGGUGACUUAUACCCCGAUCAUCAACAGUUGCGUGAAAUUGUCAUUCGAGACUUCCCCAAAGGCCGCUUUAUCUCUUUUCCCCAAUCGAUUUGGUACAACGAUGAAACGGUCUUGCAAGAGACGGCGAAACUUUACGGUGAUCAUCCUCAAAUACAACUUGCCUUCCGCGAUCGUCAAAGCUAUCAGACUGGCGUGAACGGGUUUGGUAAAGACAACGAAAUUAUUCUCACCCCUGAUAUUGUCUUUUUCCUGGGUAUGCUUACCGAUAUUCGAGAAAAGACUCCCAUCACUUCUGAUGUCUUAAUCCUUGCUCGCCUUGACCGAGAAGGCGGGCAGGAACACUCCUCCGAGUCCUUAUAUCAUGAGGGUUUGUCUUCCGCCAAUGUCACAUACUCUGUCGAGGAUUGGCUAAACUGGGACCCAGAAGACGUUAACAAGCCAGGUGCUACUUUUGAUAUUAAAGGACAGUCACGUUUUGUAUCUGGCGCACAGUUCUUGGCUUCCCACAAAGCCGUCAUCACUGAUCGUCUUCACGCACACAUCCUUUCCACAUUAAUGGGUGUCCCUCACAUUGUCGUAGAGGAUUCAAAAAUGGGAAAAAUCACAAACUAUCAUAAUACCUGGCUUCAUGGCUGUACUUCUGAUGGUGUAAGUGUCAUCGUCGAUUCUUCCGAUAAAGCCGUCAAGACUUUACUGGAAUGGAAAGCUAAUCAGUAUAUUUAAAUGGAAAGGAGAAAGUAUUGAAAUAGGUCAAGAACUUUUUGUAUCCUUCCUGAGGUCUAUCUGUAUGGGUUUUUUUCUUCCCUGUUCUAUUUUCCGUAAUUCGAUGGUCGUCAUUUACAAAUUGAUUCCACGGCCCUCAAUCUGUGUAAUGGUUUUCAUCUUUAUUAUUAUUAUUAUUAUUUUUCAGCACAAGAGCCAUCUUAUCGACUCUUUUUUUUUGCCGGAUGUUCUCUCUAUGUCUAAUUAUGAAUCCUCUUCGCUGCCCAAUUCUAAAACUGCCCUUACUCUUUCUUUCUAUUUACUUUCAUUUUUUCUUUUCUUUUCACUCCAUAUGUUUGGAAUACUUCUUUAUAUGGUUUUGUCUGUAUUAUCUCUUUCCUUCAUUGCAUUCAUGUGUCCUUGGUCAAUGUUUGAACUUUUUUAAACUUCUGUAGCAUUCGUUUUCAGUGAUUUUUAUGUUCAAAAAACUAAAAAAAGCGAAAGCCCUCUGUGAGCCUGGGUAUCUUCGCUGCUUUCACGAAAACAUUGAAACUGCCUUUUAAUCUACUUAACAUAACAAGUAAAUUUAUUUUUUUUUCUUUUCUUUUCUUUUG